AUGUCGGAUUCUGGGGACGAGGCUGAUUCGCGAACGGCCUCGGUCGGCGUUCAGCGCUCUGGCAGACGCACCCCCUCUGCCCAGCCUGCACACGACAAGGGCAACUCUCGGCCUGUGAAAAAGCGGCGCCGGGGCAAUUCUCGCGCAGAUCGCGAAGUGUCCGAUUUUGUUCCUCGCGGAGCAUCGUUCAGCGCUAAUGGGGCCGCACUCAACACACUCGGUCAAGACUCGUUAGAGGAUCUAGACGAAACUUCCAGCUCCGGAUCGAGCUCCAACUCAGACAGCGACUCCGAUGACUCGGAUGCACACGAUGAACCCGCCCCUGCCAACCCCCAUGUGGGCAGCACAGCGCCCGCUAUUAGUUGGAACCAGACAAGAAAAAAUGUUGUGCGCACCUCAUUGGGGAAACGAAAGGCUGAGACUGUGGCUCCGGUCGAGGCCCGAGAUCAACCAAAGGUCGCCGAAUUGAAAGCUAAUGGGAUUGUUGCGAACGGCAACGCGGCGAAGAAAUUCAAAACAGUCAAUGGGACAUACUGGCGCAGUCGCAGUGCUUCUGUCUCAUCUGAAGGGACGGACGAGGACGUGGAAGAAGGCGAGGUAGAUUCGCGGAGCGACUCUGAAGAUUCAGACUCCCUGGGCUCGGAAGCUGAUGACUCCAUUCUGCUCAACAUCGGGACAAAGACAGAAGACGGAGUAGAUGACUAUGACCCAGAGUCUGUUUUCCUCGAUGGAAAGCAAAUAAAUGGUCAUACAGACGGGCAGCCUCAUGACAACGCUGCCCCUCUGCUCAAUUCAGGAGCGACAACAACGGAAACUAAAGAAGAUGCGUUCCGGAACUUCUCUCAAAAAUACCCCACUGCACCCGUUACACUGAUGGACUUGAUGAAGGAAGAUAUGGAUAUUCAGGCUAAAUUUGUGUACUGGGACCGGGAUGUCAACGAUAUUGAUCUCCAACUCCCAGUGGGCUGCACUGAAUGCCUUCGUCAGGGACACAUGGCUGAAGUGUGUCCGACCAAGGAGUGCGUGCAUUGCGAAGCGUGGAACAAACACUCAAGCAUAUGCUGUCCCUCCUGGCGCAGAUGCCAACGCUGCCGCGAACGUGGCCAUGAUGAAUCACAGUGCUCGUCCCCCUUGAAAAGCUCUCCAGCCGAAGUUCCGUGCGAUCUGUGCGGCUCCUCGGCCCACGUAGAGUCUCAAUGUGACCACCAGUGGAAGUUCCCUAUGCGAGAACCCACGACUCAAGCCAUCUCCGUCUCCAUCUCCUGUGCCCACUGCACGAGUACCAAACAUCUGAUCGGCGACUGUCCGUCUCUCCGCCAACCCCUCAAAUCAUCAUCGUUUACCCUUAAAGACAUCGAUCCCUCUACCAUCACUAACCUGAACAUUGCAAAUGGCCCCCCGAAAGGUCCAUCCGCGCCAAAUCUACCCCCGAAAUCUUCGCGCGGCAGAGGCCGUCGCGGAGCACCCGUUCAAGUCUCGUCGUCGGAAAGCGAUGAUGCGAUGUCUCGCAGAGCCCACGGAGGCCGACGGCCUCCCCGCCGCAUGGUCGAGGACGCGGGGCCAUUCGCUUUGGUAGCGGCGCUGUCCUUGUGCCUAAACCCCCCGAUAAGCCCCGAGGCAACCCCCCAUCCAAACCGCGUGGUCCACCACCAAGAGGCGGCGGUGGUGGUAGAGGGAGAGGGGCUCGUGGUCGGGGCGGGCGUGGAGGAAAGCCUCGGGGAGGAUGAUGAACAAAGCCACAUUUACGAAAUUCAAUUCACCUGUACAUUUAUUUUUAUUGUCUGUGAUUGGGAGUCAUUGGAGGUGUGGGUAGAUGUGUUCAGCAUUGGAAGGACCGGAUUCUUCUUGUACAAGUGCCUACCCAAUCUAUCAAACACCAAUCACGUUCUGACAGAUCAGUCUGGCAUCAAUAUUACUUCCCUGGAUCUAGAAUGGUAG